CCACGAACAUUUAAGGAACUAGAACGCACGCGUUCUCCCGCACUUCGUAUAACCAGCAGUAUGUAAACGUUUGAAAGAAUACGACGUUUGUGUUGUGUGUUUUAUAUUAUUUUCUUUUUUUAUCAUUUAUGUUAUCGUUAAUCAGUGUUAGUGUUUUAUAUUAAACGUUAUUCUAUUGUAUUUUCCUAUUUUGAAGAAAAAAAAUGGGCGAUAUCUCCGUAUCUAAGGGUGUUUUUCCUCAUAAAGGUAGUUAUAAAAUUGGUCAAAAAAAAGCUAUUCGCAAUAACUAUGAUUAUUCCAAUGAAUUAUGGUAUAUUACAUACAAAGAAAUAUGGGAUAUGAUUCAAACAAAAGCAGAGUGUAUAAGAUCUAAUAUGAUCAGUCAGUUGAUAUCUGAUUUACAAUCUUUUGUAUUAAGUGUACAGUCAAAUAGUAUUGAUAUAUUUAAAAAUGAAUUACCAACAGCUAUGCUAUUAACUGGUGUUAACAUACCGGAUCAUUCUAAAAUCUUUCAAAAGAUAGUUCAUACAUUAGAGACUUUAACUUUGAACGUUGCAAUAUUAUGGAGUAAAGAUUCUAACAAUAUUAAAAGUAUAGUUUCAGAUACAGUAUUUCAAUUUAUGAAUAAAAAUGGAGAGAAAUAUAAUUUACAGGAUGAUGAAUAUGAAAUAAAGAAAGCUCAUUGUAGUAUGCGUGCUUUAAAAUUAUGGUACUUAACGCACUGUGAUCAGUCUGAUCCUUUGAUCAUUAUAAUCCCUGAUUUUGAAAGUUUCUCACCUAACGUACUCCAUGAUUUUAUAUUAAUAUUAAGUUCUUAUUCGGAUACAAUCAAAUUUGUAUUACUUUUUGGUAUUGCAACAACAUUACACGUUGUACAUAGAUCUUUGUCGUAUGAUGCUACUUCUAAGUUAAAAGUAAAGGUAUUACAUAUGCAAACACAAAUUAAAAGUUUAGCCGAUAUAUUGGAAGGAACGAUUUUUUCUACGGAUAUUUUCUUUAGAUUGACCGGAAGAGCGUUUCAAUUAUUAACAGAUAUUUUUUUGUUCAAUGAUUUCUCGGUUGAUCGUUUUUUACAACAUUAUAAGUUAUGCACGAUACAUCAUUUUUAUGGGAACAAUAUAAACUCAUUGUGUUGUCAAAGAAAAGAUAUAAAAUCUAGAAUAUCUGCACUAACUGAGGAAGAUAUUAAAGAUUUGAAGAAAUUACCAUCAUUUGAAAAAUAUUUAAAAACUUAUCAACAAUUAGAUGAAAAUAACAAACUUAAAGAUAAAAAAUUAAUGAAUUUAAUAGAAACUUUAUUGAUACAAUUUCACGAAUAUAUGACGAGAUUUUUAACGAUAUUAAAAUGUCUGCAUACUUUGGUAUCAACCUUACCAAAAGAACCAUUAGGAAAACAGUUACGCGAAGUUUAUACAAAAACGGUUUAUUCGAGUAAUGUUACGGAGUCUCAAGAAUACAGAGAAUGCCUUCAGCUAUUAAACUUUUUAUCGAAAGAAGAGUUGUUAACAAAAUUAGAGUCUAUCAAGAUGAUACUCGAAAAUACGAUGAAGGAGGAGGAAAAAUAUCUCUUGAAAGAAUUUCAUGAAAAUUUGACGACACGUAUCAAUGAAAUUAAAGAUGCUAGUUUGGAUGUUAUUAAUAAUAAUAAUGCGGAAAUCAUUUCUGCCGAUCAAAAACUUUCGCGUAAUCAAUUGAAACAGAAAUUAUUCGAGUUGAGUCAGAAUCAUAAGCGUUCACCUUACAAGCAAGCUCAAUUUGAUUUAAUAAACUAUUUAGAUCGUGAGAUCUUCAGCGUUUAUCUAUUAAAUCCAACUGAAAUACCCAUGAACGAGAUAUUUUGUUAUAACGAUGGUAAUGCAGUUAAACAACAUAUUCGUGGUUCUGUAAGAGGCUCCAUACACAUGGGUUUGAAUGAUCCGCAAACGUACUUGCAGUGUGGCUGUUGUAAAUUAGAAAACGAGGAUGCUAUUUCCACAACGUUGCCAGAUUUAAGUAUAAUUUAUAAACUACAUUUGGAAUCCAAGAAGUUGAUCAAUAUGUACGACUGGUUACAGGCUUUUUCAACGAUAGUAGAUCCAGUUGAAGAUACAGAAGAGGAACGGGAAAUUGAUCCUAAAAUACAAGCACGUUUCACUCGUGCGGUAACUGAUUUACAGUAUUUAGGUUUCAUCAAGACGUCCAGGUUGAAAACGGAUCACGUUAAGCGACUCACUUAAAUAAGGAUUAUCAAUAAAAUAAAUAUCAUUUUUUGUGUUUUUGCGCUUUUUAUAUUUUAGAUAUAUAUUUUUAUAAUAAUCAAUACAUCUCUAAAUUCAUUGUCAGCCAAUGGUUUUUUUUUUGGGACGUAUUUUUUUAAUAACUGCAACUUCAGAUUGAAAUAUAUUUAUUGAAAUCAUAACUUUGUACCUCGUGUGCUUCAUGAAAAUAUUUAAAAAAUCUCUCAUUAUUUUAUUUUAAAUCAAUAAUUAAUGAGAUAUUAGGUUGUUCGGAAAGUAAUUUAAUUUUUUCCUGACACAAUAAUUGGCAUUAAGUUGAUGUAAAUCAGCAAAUAACAAGGUGUGAGAUCGGUGAGAUGUUAAGUUUAUCAAAUGCAACUGUUUAUGCCGACUGGAAAGACUUAGGUUUAACUUCAAAGUAAAAAUUGUCUACAUUUUCACAAAAGAUAAACGACAUUACUUUUCGAACAGCUCAAUAUAAAAUAAUUUUUACACUUAAAUAAAAAACAAACAAACAAAUUGUUGCAAAAAAAUAUUGGCUUUGUCAACUAAGUCACAUUGCUGGUUUUUAAAAGCCAUCUAUCGACAAAAUCCACAAUCACCGCAAUCAUUUAGUUGCCAAACCAAUAAUUCUAUUUAAUUAGUAUAAAUAACAUUAUAUACAGUUAAUUUAAUGUUUUUUUUUGUUUUGCAUUUUCGUAUUAUGGCGUGUAAUAGGUUAA